AUGGGAGACAGAAAUGAAUUCACUCCUUUGCACAUAGCUGGUAUGAAGGGUGACCUCGAUAUUGUUAAGGUCCUGCUUGAGGAAGGAGCCCUAGUUGACGUAACGGAUGCCAAUGGACAGACCCCACUCCAUCUAUCUUCAAAGAAAGGAAAUGCCAGCUCUUCCGACAUGUUAGCAAAACAUGCAAAGGUGUGUAAGAAAUCCUUCCUCUGCAAGAUCAGUGGGUUUCUCGAUCACCGUGAUGAUGAAGGAUUGACUGCCAUUCACCUCGCCAUUCAAAAUGGCCACACAUCGGUUGUCGAGUCACUGGUUUCCCAUGGAGCUUCCUUGAACAUCCAGUCGCACAAUGGAAAGACCUGUCUCCAUGAAGCCAUCAUACUUUCUGAUCACAAGGGCAAAAUAGAGCAGACAGAAGGGAGACCCAAACAGAUCUCAGAGGACUUCUAUCAUCACGAGCUUUCCCCAGAGAAGGCUUUGGUCUCAUAUCUUCUGGAGCACGGCGCGCAGUUGGACAUAAGGGAUAAUGAAGACAAACUACCAGUCCACUAUACUACCAAUGAAGUUAUCCGACAGUUGAUAUUUUCAAGGUUACCGUCGAUGGAGAUGAUCACAAGAUAUCGAGCCGACGAAGCCAUACCCUUGGUUACAGUGUCCGCUCAUGUCGAUAAUGGCGGAAAGCAGAUAGAACUGGAAGAGCUUGGUAUAUCAAUGUCGAUCCCACAAGGGGCUGUACAAGAGAGUGGCUCCUGUGAAAUUACAUUAACCAGUAUACAAGAUCUCCCAAGCAUCAACAGCCAGGGUGAUGAAUCGGUGGCCUGCUACGGGAUCAGAUGUGACCCUCCAAACAUGAUCUUCCACCAGCCUGUUAAGAUCAAGAUACCACACUCAGCUUUCAUCGUCAACCCAGAUCAAGUGAAGCCUGACAUCGUUUGCCGUGUAUGGGAUUCAGCAAAGGAUCUACCAGGAACAUCAAGAAAGAGAUCAUCCAGCUCAUCAGCCGAACCACCGUACUGCAGAGUAUACAAGAAACAUCUUGAGCUUUACAUUGGUCACUGUGCUGAGUGGUGGGUUAUUAUUCCUCUCGAACAACAGGUGGUGAGACACCAACUCAUGUGUACUCCAUACAUCCCAGAUAGGAUAGAAAGAGGGCAAGAGUUUGAAGUUCAUCUGCAGAUGCAUGCGGACCUUCCUGGGAUAGAAACGGAAAUACAAGAGGAGAAGACGCAACAGUCGUAUCACAAGAGCCAUCGAUCCGUUCCCUUCAGUGUUGAAUCUAAGUCUGGUGACGUCACAGUAACGUGUCAUCGUGAGGGCGAACAAGUUGAAAGCAAGGUUCUCUCUUUAAAGGACGUUCAUAGCAAUAUAAGACACGAAAUAUUGCUGUCCGUGACUCCUAGUGAGGAUGAUGUAGAAUUCACAGGGAUAACCAUUACGAUUGAACAGGCUGGAAAGCUAGGGGUGUCUCGAUCAAUUGCUUUUAUCACCAGACACACAGAUGGACCGGAGUACCAAUCUCCUUCUGAGCCACCAUCAUUUCUAAGGGCGGUGGAAGAAGUCUUGAAAAGUGACCUGCAGGACAUUGAUGUGCUUACAAUAGCACAAGCAAUGACAGUAGACCAGUUCUAUGAUCUGGGAGUAGCUCUUGAUUUCACCAUAAAACAGUUGGAUGUCAUAGAAUACAGGAGGUUCCAUGACAGAGAGCAGGCCAUCUAUGAUAUGCUGGUGACAUGGAGAAAGAGACAGUCGUCCGGCCAAGCAGCAAAGGACACGUUGCUCUCACUCCUGUCUUCUUUAGAUUCACCAGCAGAAGAAAUUGCCAUCUCAGACAUUGGACUUGCUGGAGAAAUUCCUGACAGCACACUGCUUGCAUUCGCCCGUCAGAUCAGACCAAAUAAGUUCUAUGAGAUUGGUGAGAAGCUGGGAUUCAACAAGUCAGAGUUACAACACAUCGAACAUCGGACAUUAUACAACAGGAAUGACGCUAACAUCCAAAUGCUCUCAAGUUGGAAAGCAUCUCAGACUUCAGGGCCUAAAGCAAAGCAGACAUUGAAGCUGGUUUGGGAGUCUGUACAGGAUGCAUCGAAAGCAGAGAAAACCAAGGGUAUCAUACAUCAUAAUGAAGAAGAAGACGAAGAACAGACCUCUCAGGGACUGAAAGUGGAUUCUACCUCACCACCUGAACAAGGAACAGAGCAGAGCGAGUCUGUAGAGCCUGAAGAUAUGGAGAUCAUCAGAAAUAUAGAUUCAGAUGGGGAUGAAACCAGUAAAGACAUCGACCUAUGUGGAGGUUCACCUAGUACGGGCGAGCGGUGUAGCGUUGCUCUUCCGGUGAAGAGUCUGUCUUCGGCAUGGAAACUGGGGAAAGCCCUCCGUCUGGAAGAUGACGUCAUCGUUGGUUUCGCUACACCUUCCGAUUCUGCAGCAAUGAACAGACUUGCAGUGCAACUCCUCAAGACGUGGUCCAAACGUUUAGGAAGCCAAGAGAAGAAAGAGCUGAUGACAAAGCUCCUUCAAGAUUAUAACAUCCAGGAUUGCAAUGCAGGUCGUGAUGAAAUCUCAAAAAAGAUUCGCACAACUCCGGACCUUCUCGACCUAUCCCACCGCCUUGAUCUAGCUACUUCUGAAAUCCUGCAGGUCAUGUCCACAUCUUUGUCCUUUCCGCCAACCUUAAUACGACACAUCGUUCUACAAAUGCUUCAAAAAUGGGUACGACUUGGAGGAACAAGACAGAGGCUUCUCGAAAUUGCUCAAGCUUUUCAUAUCAACGAUGCAGCAGACGAAAUAGCAAUAGCAAUGGAACACCACCCAGGUUUCUUGGACCCCUUCUCUCAUGGCAUCAUUGAUCACGACGGUGGAGAGCUGAAGCUAGAUGAACUGGACAUCAGAGUAUCCAUCCCUGCAGGGGCAAUACCUAAAGGGAUGAGAUCUGUGGUCACUCUUAGUGUACCUAGUCGUUGUUCAUCUAAGAUUCCCCUUAAGGACGGAGAGGUUCUCAUUACUCCAGUCAUUGAAUGCUCUUUCACUCAAGAACUUCUCAAACCUGCGACUGUAGCUCUUCCACACUGCAUCCAUCCGGUACAACAUCAAGAUGACUUACGUAUUAGCCUUUACACCGAGUUAGGACCAGGUUGCGAAAACCUGUGA